CUCUCUCUCAUUACCAUCCUCUCCCCCUCCACGAGAAACAUCCAUUAAUGCUCUCAACUUUUCACCCAGAGAAUUGGAUGCAGGGAGAGAGCGCUCCAUAAUAAGUAAAACAGUCACAGCGCGAGUUCCCUCCCUCGAGUCUAGCUGUCCCUCCCGGGUUUUCCGUGGCUCAACCCCCUUCCCUUUCCCUUCCCUCCCCUCCCCUCCCCUCCCCUCAUACAAAGAAAUACGAACCCGGCUGGUCCCCAACUCCCUCCGGCGAGAAAGAAUACGAAGAACUGUUAAAGACGAAGGCAGAGUGGCAGUUGAGCCUUCCCUUUUGCCAUUACUAUCACCUCUUAUAAUUCAGCUCCGACAGAGCACCAGCUCCUCUGCUGUCUACCAAGAAUAGCAUUAAAAUGCCCACCAAGAUCUCCAGCAUCUACGAGACGUAACACCUUCCGGUGCCGGCAGUGGAUUGCCACGACCAGCUGCACCAGAAGUAAAUCAUCAUCCACUCCCAUGAAGUCUCCUCCCGUGAUGGUCAUUCUCAUCUUCUCCCUUCUCUUCUUGUUGCAACUGGCUGGCUUGGCUUCGUGUCAGCCAUUAAGUUCCGCCGUCGAGCUCGCCGCGCUUUAUAGCUUACGCUCCUCGCUCGGCCUCCGCGCCCGGGACUGGCCGCGGCGGGGCGACCCCUGCUCCACGUGGACCGGAGUCCACUGCCGGUCCGGCCGGGUCGUGGUGCUCGACCUCUCCAGCCUCCAACGCACCCGGGUCGCCCGGCGGAACCCCCGGUUCGCUGUCGAUGGCCUCAAGAACCUCACUCACCUCGUCUCUUUUAAUGCCUCCGGCUUCCUACUCCCCGGCCCCAUCCCCGUCUGGUUCGGCGGCCUUCGGCGCCUCACCCACCUCGACCUCUCCUCCAACUCAAUCUCUGGUGAAAUCCCCCCGGCUCUCGGGAAUCUCUCGAAUCUCAAAACCCUGAUCCUCGCCCACAAUAGCCUCACCGGACCGAUUCCUCCGCAGCUCGGGCAUCUCUCUCUCCUCGUCUCUCUCGAUCUCAGCUUCAAUUCCCUCGAAGACUCUUUGCCGACGAGGCUCUUCUCCGGCGCCUCUCGGCUCCGCUCGGUCGCGCUGAGUCACAACAACUUCUCCAGCGAGCUUCCGGCGUCCCUGUGGUCUCUCCUGCCGGAACUGGAGCUUCUCGAUGUCUCCUCCAAUAACCUCACCGGCGAAUUUCCAAGUCGCGUGCCCGGCAAUGCCAAUGCCAAUGCCAGUGCCGGUGCCGGUGGCAGAGUCUUCGACCUCUCGAACAAUCUCUACUAUGGAUCAAUCUCUUCUGGAUUCGGAUAUCUUUUCCGAAGAUUCCAAAUUGUCAACCUCUCGGAUAAUUAUUUCCAAGGAACAGCACCGGUCGGCGGCCGGAGCACGAACGUCUCUUUCAAAUUAAACUGCUUCCAGAACGCCUCGAUCCAGAGGAUCACAGCCGAGUGUGAGAAGUUCUACAUGCACAGAGGUAUAGCUUAUGAUGGCGGCGUGGCCCCGAAUCCGGCCUCAUCUCCAUCCGUCAGGAAAAGCAGGAGGAGGAACUGGAGGUAUAUAUUGGCAGGAGUACUUGGGGGGCUAGCAUUUGUCCUCACUUUGGCUUCAGCACUCGUCCUAUGCUUGGCGAGAAGAGGAUCACGCCGUGCCGAACAGAGGAGGGACGUCCCUGCCGGUGGGGUCGCUUCUGAAGGGGUGUCCGAGGAGCUGCCUUCUCCCGGGGUCUCGGUUAAGCUGUCCGCUGUGGGGGAUGCCUUCACAUACGAGCAGUUGCUCCGGGCGACGUCGGAGUUUAGUCCCCUGAACCUGGUCGACCAUGGGCGCUCCGGGGAUCUGUACUUCGGCGUUUUGGAGGACGGGGCUUCUGUGGUGGUCAAGAGGAUUCAUGCGCAGGCUCUGAUGCGGGAAGCACAUGUUGCGGAGCUGGAUUUGUUUGCGAAGCUUUCGCAUGCGAGAUUGGUCCCAUUCCUUGGGCACUGCUUGGAGAAGGAGGACGAGAAGCUUUUGGUCUACAAGCAUAUGGCGAACGAGGAUCUCUCUGCUGCUUUGUUUAGGAAACCUGGGAAGGAAGAAAAGGGGCUGCAGUCAUUGGAUUGGAUAAAGAGGUUGAAGAUUGCGACAGGGGUGGCCGAGGCCCUGUGCUUUCUUCAUCAUGAGUGCACUCCGGCUCUGGUUCAUAGAGAUAUUCAAGCAAGCAGCAUCCUUCUAGAUGACAAAUAUGAAGUGCAUCUUGGAAGUUUAAGUGACGUAUGCACUCAGCAAGGAGAUGGCCAGCAGAAGGCCUUCACCAGGAUCUGGAGAUCAUCACAGAGGAUAUCUGAACAAGGCGUUUCCGGCUCUCCUUCUGCAACAAGUGCCUAUGAUGUAUACUGUUUCGGAAAGGUGCUUAUGGAGUUGGUUACAGGCAAGCUUGGCAUCAGUGGUUGCGAUAGCGCCGCCAUGAACGAGUGGCUCAAUCACACACUGAGUUACAUCAAAUUUUAUGAGAAGGAGCUGGUGACCAAGAUCAAGGAUCCCACCCUUGUUGUGGAUGAAGACCACCUCGAGGAGGUGUGGGCAAUGGCUAUUUUGGCGAAGUCCUGCCUGAACCCGAAGCCCUCCAAGCGACCAAUUGCGAGGUACAUCCUGAAAGCUCUGGAGAAUCCAGUAAAAGUCGUGAGGGCAGAGAGCCUCUCAAACUCUGCAAGACUUAGAACUACAUCAUCUCGAAGUUCAUGGCACAAUGCCUUGUUCGGAAGCUGGAGGAACAGCUCCUCAGACAUUGCUGCGUCGAUGCCGGGGUCCACAGGAAGGUGUCAAGCGAGCGGAGGAGACCGCUCGUUUUCAAACCAUAGGACGUCGAGGGAGAUCUUCCCCGAACCAUCAGGGUUGGCAGAAGAGUCUGAUGAAGAGAGAGGAAGGUCGUCCGAUCCAUCAAAUAUUGGAUAAUAUUUAAUUGGCUGGCUGUUCGAGUACCAGCCACCAUUGGUGCUUGUUGUAUAGUCCUUGCUCGCCAAGCAUCUCGAAGGAGGCGUGGAGCGAUUCUCGGCAGUGUUAUGUGCAGGCUGGUUUGUUCCAAGGUGAAUAACAAGCUGCAGCAUUUUCUAUUGUAAUUCAUCUUUCAUUUGUUUGAUCCUCGGGUGAUGUAAAAUGGGAUGACGAAGACGUUUCCAUUUUCACAGAAGAAAGAUGAAUGGUGCUUCUUUAUUUCCUAA